GCACUGUCGAAAACUUAGUUAGGUCCAUUCCGGUGCUGCCGACGACAGUGUCUUAUCGGUUUUCAGGUGUGUUUUCGUGAACAGCUUUUCCACAAACAUAACUAAGUAUUUCGCGCAUUUAACCCUACAAAUAGACUCUUUGGAUUUGAUUUUUUUUUCUCGAAACUAACGCUCCUUUCGAUACAACAUUGUAUGUUAGGCGACGGAGAAGGGUGAGAAGGUAUUUCGCACAUCGAUCAGGCUAAGGCAGGUGAAUGAGUGACUCUUAUCAGUAUCAUUCGUUAGUUGCUCGGUACCUGUCGACGGAUUUGUCCGCGUGUAGUGACAAUAAUUUAGCACUUUUAUUCCAAAAAAACCGUCGUGAGUGAUUGAAGUGAAGUGAAAUCAUCGAGAGAACAGUAUUCCGGAUUUUGCGAAAGUUUCAGGAAAACCAACAUAAAACGGCCGUAAUCGAAGUGGGCGGUAGUUUAUCCGUUGUUCAGAUCGGAUAUCAAAACGUCAAAGUGAACGAUGGCCCGGGGCGAGGGUAAAGGUGAAAGUGUGGCCAAGUUGGCCAAUCGAAUUGCUGCUAUCAAGUAUACGCUGUUCUGUUUCAACAUAGUUUCAUGGAUCAUCGGAGCCGGACUAUUCGCCUUCACAAUCUACAUCCGGGCCGAACCGGGAUUCGACGAGUGGAUCGCCCUGCUGGAAAUCUACCAAUACUACAUCGGGGUAUACAUUUUGAUCGGGGCCGGUGCACUGGUCAUGAUAUUCUCCUUCCUCGGCUGCUGCAGUGCCCUGAUGGAACACUCGGUAGCCCUGUAUGCGUUCAUCGCUAGCCAGGUGUUUCUAUUCAUCGUUACCGUUGCCGGUUCUGCCAUUAUUCUGGACUUCUCGACCGUCGAUUCCAGCAUCCAGCCACUGAUCCGUCAGACCAUGCUGCGUUUUAUUACGACCUCGGAGCACCCGCAUUCAUCGGCAGCCCUGAAGCUGAUUCAAGAAAACAUCGGCUGCUGCGGUGCCGACGGACCCAACGACUACAUGGUGCUGCGUCAGCCGCUUCCGCUCGAGUGCCGUGACACCGUGACCGGAAACGCUUUCUUCCACGGAUGCGUCGACGAACUGACCUGGUUCCUGGAGGACAAAUCCAUCUGGGCUGCCAUCAUGGCCAUGAUUUUAUCAGCGAUUCAUACUGCCAACGUUGUUCUGGGCAUCGUUUUGGUUCAAGCUUUGAAACGUGAGGAAGAAGCCAUGUACAGACGCUAAAGGGAUGUCGUUUCCAGCAAUUUCAACCCAGGGACACAACAGCGGCAGAGUCCGUUCUAAAACUAGAACAACAGUUAAUAUUAUGACAGUUUUUCCUCUUCGUAGAACUAGGUUUACUCUAAUUAUACAACCUUUUUUUUUCGUAAUAAACUACUUAUACCUGUUUCGCCCGUAAUAGUUUUAAGAAAGUAAAAUUUUACAAAUAAAUGACCUGCAAGAGUGAAACCGCUCUGAAGGGUGCUGCAAACACAACAA